ACAUUUACACCCAUCUCCCCGGAGCACAAAAUCACAAUCAGCUUACCUCUGUGCGCAGACCAAAAGAAACACGAAGAGGAUAGAGAAGAGAAAGAAAAAUGGUGCACAGCGCCUACGACUCAUUAGAGCUACUACAGCUCAAGAACAACUCAACAAAGAUCCAAUCAGUAGGAUCAUACGGUUCCAAAAUCCUCGUAGGAUGUGCAGAUGGUUCAAUGUUAAUUUACGUUCCAUCAUCAACCGAUCCUCGAUCUCCAACUUCAUCAUCAUCAACAUCAUCUGAUAUACAUAAUUAUCAUCAUUGCUUAGAAUUACGGAAAGAUUCAUAUGUAUUGGAGAAAUCAUUGACUGGGUUUUCUAAGAAACCAUUGAUUUCAAUGGAAGUUUCUACAUCUAGAGAACUUCUUGUUUCGUUAUCUGAAUCAAUUUCGUUUCAUGGGUUACCAAAUCUUGAGACAAUUGCUGUUAUUACUAAAGCUAAAGGAGCUAAUCUGUUUAGCUGGGAUGAUCGUAGAGGUUAUUUGUGUUUCUCUAGACAGAAAAGGGUUUGCAUUUUCAGACACGAUGGGGGGCGUGGUUUUGUUGAGGUUAAAGAGUAUGGAGUCCCGGAUGUUGUGAAAUCAAUGUCUUGGUGUGGGGAGAAUAUAUGUUUGGGUAUUAGAAGGGACUACACAAUACUGAAUACAGUAAGUGGUGCAUUUACUGAGGUAUUUCCUUCUGGGAGGACCGCGCCUCCGCUAGUGGUUUCUUUACCUUCAGGAGAGCUUCUUCUAGGAAAGGAUAACAUUGGAGUGUUUGUGGACCAAAAUGGGAAACUUCUUCAAGAAGGCAGAAUAUGUUGGUCUGAAGCUCCUUUGGCUGUUCUCAUCCACAGGCCUUACGUGAUAGCUCAUUUGCCGAGACAUAUUGAGAUACGGUCACUACGAGCUCCUUACCCAUUGGUGCAGACAGUUGCUCUCCGUAGUGUUCAUCAUCUACUGCAAAGCAACAACUGUGUAAUUGCUGCACUAGACAACUCUGUAACUGGACUCUUCCCUGUUUCUAUCGGUGCACAGAUUGUACAGUUAACAGCAUCUGGUAACUUUGGGGAAGCCCUAGCUUUGUGUAAGAUGCUUCCACCAGAAGAUUCUACCCUUAGAGCCGCAAAGGAGGAGUCAAUCCACAUCAGAUAUGGCCACUACCUUUUCAACAAUGGAAGCUAUGAGGAAGCCAUGGAACAGUUCUGGGCAGCUCAAGUAGAGUUCACCUACGUACUCUCUUUAUAUCCAUCUAUUAUUCUUCCCAAAUCCAUGUUGACUCCAGAUAUGGACAAGGAAGCUGACGUUUCAUGGGAUGAUUCAUAUCUCUCAAGAGUUUCAUCUGAUGCAUCAGAGGAUAUGGACCCAACGUCUCCAUCAUACCUAGAGUCUGAAAGGAAUCCAGUGCUCGAGUCUAAAAAAAUGAGCCACAAUACUCUCAUGGCAUUGAUCAAGUACCUGCAGAGAAAGAGAUGCAGUAUAGUUGAGCGUGCCACUGUUGAGGGGACAGAGGAGAUUCUCUCAGAUGCUAUGGGAGAGAGAAACAUGGCUUAUGAUUUCGAUAAGUCCAAUAUUUCACACAAGGGUCGAAGGAACAUCCAAGUCAGCUCAGGAUCAAGGGAGAUGGCAGCAGUGCUGGAUACAGCCCUAAUCCAGGCUUUGCUUCUUACUGGACAAUCUUUGGCUGCAUUAGAGCUCCUGAAAGGUCCCAACUAUUGUGAUCUCAAAAUAACCGAGGAAUUUCUGCAGCAAAGUAACUAUUAUACAGCCCUUUUAGAGCUCUACAGGUGCAACAUGAUGCACCGUGAAGCUCUUGAACUUUUAUAUCAGCUAGUAGAAGAGUCAAAAGCUGACGAAGCACAAUCUGAACUGAAGCAAAACUUUAGACCAGACACAAUCAUUCAAUACCUUAAGCCUCUUUGCAGUACUGAGCCGAUGCUUGUUCUGGAAUUCUCAAUGCAUGUUCUUGAAAGCUGUCCAACUGAAGCCAUCGAUCUAUUUUUAUCUGGAAAUAUUCCACCUGACUUGGUCAACUCCUACUUAAAACAGCAUGCACCAAAAUUGCAAGCAACUUAUUUAGAGCUUAUGCUCUCGAGGAAUGAGAGUGAGAUCUCGGGAAAUCUGCAGAAUGAAAUGGUGCAAAUUUAUCUGUCUGAAGUACUUGAUUCUUAUGAGGAUUUAAAGAGACAGAAUAAGUGGGAUGAACAAACUUACUCCUCGUCACGCAAGAAGCUAUUGUCUGCUCUACAGAGUAUCUCAGGGUACAGCCCCGAGGGUUUGUUAAAGCGUCUCCCAGCUGAUGCAUUGUAUGAGGAGCGUGCAGUUUUGUUGGGGAAAAUGAAUCAGCACCAGCUCGCAUUAUCUCUAUAUGUUCAUAAGCUUCAUGUUCCUGAACUGGCACUAGCCUAUUGCGACCGUGUUUAUGAGACUGGGCAGAAGAAACCAUCUCCAGAUGCAUAUGGAAACAUCUACCUCACUCUUUUACAAAUCUAUCUUAAUCCUCAAAAAUCUACUAAGGAUUUUGAGAAGCGAAUCCUGAACCCAAUUCCAUCUAAGAAUGUUGGGACUAAGAAGGUCCGGUCACUCAAAUCUAAUAAAUGGAACCGAGCUGUUAAAAAAAUCGCUGAAAUAGAGGGUGCAGAGGAUAUACGAUUCAGUCCAAGCAGCACUGACAGUGGACGUAGCGAUGGUGAUGAGCCAAUUCUCGAUGGAACUUCUACAAUUAUGAUCGAUGAGGUCCUGGAUCUGUUAGGCCAAAGGUGGGACAGGGUCCAUGGAGCUCAGGCGCUCAAACUCUUGCCCAGAGAAACUAAGCUACAGAACUUGCUUCCAUUUCUUGGACCACUUCUGAAGAAAUCUAGUGAAGCACAGCGUAACUUAUCGGUGAUCAAAAGUUUGAGAUCCAGUGAGAACUUACAGGUGAAAGAUGAACUCUACAAGCAUAGGAAAACAGUGAUGAAGAUCAGUAAUGAUAGCAUGUGCUCUUUGUGCAACAAAAAGAUAGGAACCAGCGUCUUUGCGGUCUAUCCAAACGGAAAAACGCUUGUGCAUUUUGUAUGCUUUAAGGACUCACAAAGUAUGAAAACUAUGGUGAAAGGUACACCAUUAAGGAAGCAGGGAUACUAGUUGAUCUGAUUUUUUCUUCUCAAGUCUGAUUGCAAAAUUUAACUCUUGAUUCGGGGUGAACAUCAGUCGAUCUAUUUUUUUUUUGGUUGAUGUGACACCAUCAUGUGGGCGUUGGCAGUAAUGGAGACCAAAGUUAGUGUUAGAGCCACUUCAGUAAUCAGUCAUCUAAUCACUUUGGCAGUACCAGCAAGCAGUAACUGGAUUCUUGCAGAUGAGAAGUGGAACUUCUCAGCAUCCUAUUUUUUGUUCAGGAAGCUUUGGUUCAGACACUAUGAUUCUAUUGCAUUGGUGUGUGGCUGGUUUGUACAGAUCCUGUCUUGUUUCGUGAUACUCAUUAUUUGUGCAUUAAUAAUUGCCAAAUGCACCUCCUUGUAUCUGUUGUUGCUAGCGAGUGUCUGUUUUGUUCUCAGAUGCGGAUGUUGCUGUAACUGAAAAUUUUUAGGGUUGGCAUGUCCUCAACCAGAUUGCUUUUGCAGAAUUCAUUUUAUUGAUAGCAUUCUGUUGGAACCCCAGGAGCAGUUUUUACUGAUUGUUUGUAAUAAUGUGAAUAAAAAGGGAGGGUCAUAUACCUUUGGCAUUCAAUAUUUUUCUUGUACAGUACUGUAUUUCAAACACAAUAUGUUGAUCUUACUACAGAAUGCCGCUUGAUAAAUAUUAACUU